AUGGAGGGCUGUUGUCGAGCAUGUAUGCCUUGUUUGAGUCGAUUAUGGAAUUGGAUAUGGCCAGAAUUUCACUACCCGAACAUUACACGACCGGCAGAAAUCCGUACAGUCUCAGGUGAUAUUCGAGUGCCGGCUCCGAAAAAGAAACCAACGCAGCUCUAUGCGGCUUUGUUCGAUUUCGAAGCCAGGAGCGAAGAGGAACUGACAGUGAAGGAGGGAGACAAACUGUCGGUUAUUGAGAAGAGGGGGGACUAUGUGCUUGCCAAAAAACUCACCGGUGACCUGGAGUCCGGCUUAGUCCCAGCUAACUAUGUGGCAUUGUUGAAAGAUGAAUUUGCCAACUACAAGUGGUACUAUGGGAAUAUAAACAGAGAGAAAGCUGAGAAGCUGCUCUUGUCUCCUCAGAAUAAAACAGGUUCCUUCCUGGUCCGGAUCAGCGAGAGUCACAGUGAUGAGUACACAAUCUCAGCUAGGAAUGAAGGCUCUGUCUAUCAUUUCCGUAUCCAUCGUUCCACCAUUGGGGCAUAUUUUGUGUCAGACAAGAUUUCGUUCGCCACACUGGAUGAACUGAUCCGAUACUACCAGAACAAUUCACGGAGCCUUGGCUGCCCACUGGAUCAGCCAUGUGUCCAACAGAGGGAGCUCUUUGACAUGGAGCCAUGGGAGAGACCAAGGGAGGAGUUUAAACUGCAUAAGAAGCUAGGAGAGGGUCAUUUCGGAGAAGUCUGGGAGGCAGUGUGGACUGUUAAAAACCAGAAGGUGGCCAUCAAAAUGCUUAAACAAGAUGACACUAAACUGGACGAGUUUGUGAAGGAAGUCCACGCUCUAAAAAAUCUACACCACCCCAAACUGAUCCAGCUGCUUGCUUUGUGCUCUCGCGGUGAACCUGUCUACAUAGUCACUGAGCUCAUGACCAAAGGCAGCCUCAAGGCCUACCUCUCCACACCCGAGGGCCAGCUGUUGACGUCAGCUCACCUGAUCUACAUGGCUUGUCAGGUAGCAGAGGGCAUGGCCUAUCUGGAGGAUCGACACAUUGUCCAUCGUGACUUGGCCGCACGAAACAUCCUGGUGGGAGACGACCUUGUCUGUAAAGUGGCCGACUUUGGCUUGGCUCGCAUUAUCAAGGACAACGUGUACACGGCCAGUAGGAACACUAAGAUCCCUGUUCGCUGGACUGCUCCAGAGGCUGCUCUUUACCAACGCUUCUCCGUUAAAUCAGACGUCUGGUCAUUCGGAGUGUUGCUCUAUGAGAUGAUGUCACGGGGGAAGAUGCCCUAUGAUGGUAAGUCUAAUAAGGAGGUAUUGGAGCUGUUGUCUUCAGGGUACAGGCUGCCGUCUCCUACCCGUUGCCCACCCAAUAUUUACCGCAUGAUGUUGGAAUGCUGGAAUCCUGAGAGUUCCAAACGACCCUCAUUCCACGCUCUGCAUAGCCAGCUCGACAACAUCUAUUCCAGAAUCUACUUCAAAACCAUUGAGGUAUAG